AUGAGUAAGAAGAUGGAUUCUAACUCUUCAUUCAAUUGGCCUCACGUGCUGAAUUACAGUGGGAUAUACAAGUACUUCUACUUGGAGGGCAACGUCUCCUAUGUGGACUUUUAUCUUCACCAGCCUUCAGUGGCAGCUGUCUUCAUCGUCUCUUACCUCCUCAUCUUCCUGCUCUGCAUGGUUGGCAACGGAGUGGUUUGCUUUAUUGUCCUGAGGAGCAAACACAUGCGUACGGUCACAAACCUUUUCAUCUUAAACCUGGCUGUCAGCGAUUUACUGGUGGGAAUCUUCUGCAUGCCCACUACCCUCCUGGACAACAUUAUUGCAGGAUGGCCGUUUGGGAGCCUGGUUUGCAAGAUGAGUGGGAUGGUCCAAGGAAUCUCUGUUUCUGCCUCUGUCUUCACCCUAGUUGCUAUUGCUGUAGACAGGUUUCGAUGCAUCGUUUAUCCAUUUAAGCAGAAGCUGACCAUUUCAACUGCAGUCGCCAUCAUAGCGGUCAUCUGGAUUCUGGCCGUCGCAAUCAUGUGUCCUUCUGCAGUCAUGCUGCAGGUACAAGAAGAGAAGCGUUUCAGGGUGAUCCUUGGCCAUGGCAAUGAAACCCGCCCCGUAUACUGGUGCCGGGAGGACUGGCCUGACCCGGGAAUGAGAAAGAUCUAUACGACGGUUCUGUUUGCCAAUAUCUAUCUGGCUCCCCUCUCGCUCAUCGUUAUCAUGUAUGGUAGGAUAAGCAUUGCUCUCUUCAACACAGCAAUGCCCGUGGUGGGAAAACACAACCAGGAGCAGCGGCACAGCGUGUCUAAGAAGAAACAAAAAGUCAUCAAAAUGCUCAUUAUCGUGGCUUUGCUUUUCACCCUCUCCUGGCUUCCCCUGUGGACACUGAUGAUGCUCUCAGACUACGCCAACCUUUCAGAUAUCCAGUUGCAGAUCAUCAACAUUUAUAUCUACCCCUUCGCUCACUGGCUGGCCUUUUUCAACAGCAGCGUCAACCCCAUCAUCUAUGGUUUCUUUAACGAAAACUUUCGCCGAGGAUUUCAGGCGGCCUUUAAGCUUCAGCUCUGCUUCAGGGAGGCCAAUCCUCAGCGGGGCCAAAGCAAUGCCAUUUUGCCAGCUGCCAACUACCAGACAGCCCAGGAUCGAGCUUGUCAAAAUGCUAAGGAAGAGAGGAAGGCAGUUAAGAAAGGAAAUUGGGUGAAUAGCCAGCAGGAUUUGAUAAUGGAGGAUCUAGAAGAGCCCUGCAAUGAUGGGAUCAAGUGA